AGGGUUUGUUUGCAUUUGAAAUGAGAAUGAAUGUGUUAAAAAUGAUAAACUGAGUACUGGAUUAGCAAUCCAGGCUAGGGUUUUAUCGCUUUCUUUUCUCUAUCGGUCACCUCUUUACAAGCAUGAAAUUAAGGCCAACGGAAAUUAAGGCCAGUGCUGUGUUUAAAAUAUAAACUGGAUAUUUAUAAAAGCAGUUUUACAGUUUCGACCAGGCUAUCAAUUUUCCUUGAACAAAAUGACUUUGAGAACUACUAAGAAUAUGACGGAUGUGCUAACAUUUACGUCCUGACUAUCCCGGUUCAGCGCUUCCGUUUAAACGUUAUUGAUAGACAUCUUCAGCACAAACCAUGCGGUGUUUGCGCCACGCUACAGAGUGCUCGGUUGACAAUGGAAGGUGUUAACACUAGUAGAUUGCCUCCGAUUGUGCGGUUCCAGGUCGGCGGGUAUGCCACUGAGAGAGAACCACCGGAGCGAAGCUGGGCAAGGAUCCGAACAUGCUUGAUCGACAACCCUCGAGAUUCAGGCCAAAAUAAGCGGCAGGAGGUUUGGACUUAUCACAAAAAGAACAGAGGUGUUUUAAGGUCGUUAGUCAAAAGUUUGCCCAACAUUCCGUUCCGAAUAGGUAGGAAUAAGAAGAGACGAAGCCAAUCGGAUCACGAUUUGACUUCGAAGAAUGACAAGAGCGAAUCUUUCCUUCCAAAGAUUUCUCCGAUCGGCAUCGAUUCGCAGGCGAAAAAUGGCAAAGUGCGACCCUUAGGAACAGUGAACAAAAGCGAUGAAAUAAUUCAUACGGGGAAACCAAAGAGCCAGAAGAACUUAGAAAAUAGUGUGAUACAACGGAUAUGUACCCCCACUGACGACAUUAACGAUAUUGAUGCAGAAGAUGUAAAUGGACAAAAUAGAAUCGAGGACAGAGGGAAGUGUGAAUCUCGGAUACCAAAAUUACCGGUAUUAAAACAGCCUCUUAGUAAGUCCAAGGUUGUUUCGUUUUCUACGAACGAUCUACACAAAUCUCCACAAAUUGUUGAUAGUAGAAGUGCUUCACCGUCUUCAAUUUCAAGCAAUGACUCUCAAAAUUCCAGAAAAGGUAUCGGAAAUGUGAAUUUCGGACAUUCUAGUCAACACAAAACGGAGCCAAUUCCGAGGUCACUACUCGACAUCAUUACUGGGAACUUUUUAUCAGACGCACGAAUAAUGGGCGAGAGAACAAAAAGAGACCGAAAAACCGGCACCGUGGAGACGGCGACAUUUCCGGGAGCUGGCGUGGAUAAGGAGUGGUUUAAGAAGGUAUUGGGUGAUAAGGAAAUCAUAGACAUGUCUAAUUACGAAAACUUCGCCAGAACCCCUAGAAACCGUCCCAUCAGCGAAUCUGUGCAGAAAAGCCUAAACGUUCUUAGCAACAGUAACUAUGCAGAGCGGAAAGCAAAAAUUGUCACAUCUCGAAGCCCUCUGAAAGUUCAGUUUGAUAUUCCCUCGGAGGAGCAGCCUCUGGUGAAACCGUCAAACACCACCCCAGUCAACAAACUGGCGGGAGAACCGAUUGCAGCGUACCAGAGAUCAACAAAUUCACCCAGUUAUUUCCCCCUGUUCAGUCGAGAUGGAACACCAAUGCGCAAAAUUGGAGGACCACCUAAAACUAAGCAACAGCCUGCCUCCAAAUUAAAAAUUUCGUUUCCAAACAGUGCUCCAAUUCAAGAAGAUUAAAAGUUCGUCUCACAAUAUCUGAAUAUUUUCUGUUGACCUCGUUAUUGUUUUGCUGUGAAUAUUGUUACGCGGCUUCGUUUCCAAACAGUUAUGGGUCUUGUUUUGCUGCUUCUAUUCCAAACAGUGCUCUAAUGAAAUGAAGUUUAAAAUAUUUACAAUUUCUCGUAAACUGCUUACAUUAUGCUCUGAAUAUCUGUUGACAUGGUUUAUAUGUUGUCACAUAAUUAUUUCAAUAACACACAUGAAGGAAUUCUUAUUUUAUUUUUGCAGGUAAUUAAAUUAUGUUAAAAGUAUUUUUCAAAUUCAUGUACAUUAUGCGUACAGUUUACAAUUAAGUUUAUGUCCAGCAAA